AUGGAGGCAGCCGCUGGCAUUGUCGGGCUGCUCUCCUUUGCGGGCCAACUUCUCAAUGGGCUUGUCAGGCUGAAUGAAUACAUCCAGGACCAGAGAGAAUCCGACAUCCGGACAGAGAAUGCGACAAGAGAGACGGAACUUAUGAUUUCGACGAUUACAGGGCUGAGGUCGGCUCUACAGAGCGUGAAAGACAGCAAUAGCACCUGCGAUGGCACACCGUGGGCUUCGCACAUUGUCACCCUUCACACUCAGCUCGAGCGAUGCAGCCGGGAUCUCGACGACUGGGUAGAGAAUCACAAGCCACCUUCGGGGCCUUCUACAAAACGUCAGAAAGUAAGUGAGGUCUUGCAGAAUCGGCGCGUUCGCGCAGUUCGAACCCUGGAGUCGAAGCUGGUGUCCCAUAGGGCCCAAAUCAGUCUGAGCAUUGGCGCUCUGAACAUGUCGAUUUCUCAUCUUGGUCUGGAGAAGUUGGAUCGAGUUCACAUCGAUGUUCAGAGUCUGACCGAGUCCAACUUAAGGUCCAAUGCCGCAACUCGCGAUUUUACCAGGAACGCGGCUGCCGAUUCGAACGCCAGACAUCAUGAAUUGAUGGAUCACAUAUCUGCGUCAUCGGAAGACCAAAGGAACCAGGCCAUCAUGAUCCAAGAGGAGACGUUGAACCACAUAUCUCGAAUGAGCGACAAUCUCUCUAGCAUCGCAAGUGUCGCCAGCUCUCUUCAGCGGCUCGUCGGAUCAUCGCCAUUACGACGGAGCGUCAGCGGGUCCGAGUACAGUGAGAACCAGUUUCCAUCACCGCUAGGAGGAGGGAAGAGAAAGCGCCGAUUCUCCUGUGUCGAAAGGGAGCACAGUGACGCUAUAGCACACUUCGGUUUCCCACGUGCGAAGCCCCAGGGCCACUGGUCAUGCGGAGCUUUGAUAGGAAUCGAUCAAGCUUUCGCCCGGGUAUAUAAAAACUUCUCGGUCCGUUGUCUGUUCUGUGACAAGCCUUUCCACAAGAACGACUUCCUCUCGCGGGCGCGGCACCUCGUGGACCGCCACGACUUCUCCGGAUGCGAUCAAAGCGCACUGUAUACGACCGCCGAGGAGCUCAAAGACCAUUUGGAGAUUGAGCAUUCAGCUUCAAGGGGAGCCUUGGAUUCUGAAAGCUUCGAUCUCUCGAUUUUUGCUGCAAAUGGAUCCGUCUGGGUCGAUAGUCGGCAUGCGCUUUUGGCUGGCAAGCCAGAAAACGCUGACGUUCCAACGACACACGUCCUGCUCAAUUCACAACUGAGGACAUUGUUAUCUGAAACACCGUAUCUAGAAGCUGGCCGCUCUGAGUCAGAAAGUGAUCUAGCCUCAAGACCUGUGGCUGGGACGAAGGCCAUAAAUCGAGCCAUGGAAGCACUAGCUAAAGACGUUUUCUCGCCUUAUGUUUCCUCACAGAGGCUGCCAAGCAUCUUGCACGAAGCAGCCAAUCUCGAGCAAGAGCUUAUCAUCCAAUGCAACCGCCCAUUGCCCAGACGGUGGGCGACGGUGCCUGAUUGCCUGUUGAAAGCGUCAUCUCCAAGCCAACUCCACGCAAUGCGCAGCCCCGAGACCAAAGCUGCGUUGAGAUCCUCGCUUCACCAUCUAUUUUGGCCUGUGAGGCCAGGUCUGGAAAUGAAACGAUACUCUCAGACUUGCCACGAGUGUUCAAACGAAGCGAACACGUACGGCUUAUGUAAGAGACAUCAAGAGGAGGCUUUGGGGAGCAUGUAUCCGCGGAGCACUUGGAGCUGGUACUCGCUGGACCAUACGCUGAAAGUCUCUGCCAUUUUCCUCAGACUGAAGAAGUGGACGACUAACAUGGAGCGGAUAGAUUUAUGGAUGCUCGAUGUUCUGCAUAAGUCGGACCACCUCUUAGCCAUGUUUCGAUGUAGUGCCUUUCGCGAAGUUCCGAUAGGCUCAUCGGCGGACUGGGCGUCAAGCAAUCCUUCAAGGGGGCAUGAUCAUCAAUUCUGGGGUCAGCAGUGGAAAUCCGACUUGUUGGGUGCUUUCGACAACAACUCGGUCCCGCAUCAUUUCCACCUAUCAGGGGAGCAAUCAGACGGCGCAGUUGAUAGUCGAGACGGAGAUUUCGAAUUCUUCAUCCCCUUGCGACUGAAGACGGGAAUGGCGGAAGUUGCCAGAGUACUUGGUUGGUGA